AUGUCGAAACAUAACAUCGACACUGAACGUGUGAUAACAGAAGUUCGAAUAAGACCACCUUUGUGGGAUCUAUCUCACGAUUUAUUCAAAGAUAAAGAUGCCAAGCUUCAAGCAUGGUUUGGAGUGUAUAAAGCUCUUUUGCCCGAUUUUAAUGAUUUGUCUGAGAAUGAUAAAAAAGACUUUGAAAAAAGUGUACAACAAAGAUGGAGAACUGCGAGAGAUGCUUACAUGAGAUGCAAAAAUUCUAUGAAAUCUGUGAAAUCGGGAUCGGAAGGCGGAAAGAGAACCAAAUACGUAUUUUUCAAACAUUUACAGUUUCUUGACAAAAAACAUGUUGCCGACACCGAAGAUUCUAUUGAAGAAAAUGAAACAAGAGAAGAUACACAACAAGAUUCAAAUUUAGAGUCUCCAAUCAAUCCACGUUCUACUGAAACAGUAUCCACCAAUCCAGAAACCCAACCACAGUGUUCCAGCCAAGUUAGACAAGAUUCUUCAAACACAACUAAACAAUCUAGCUCUACUCCUAACACAAACCCAUCAAGGAAGCGUAAAAACGCAAAAACUAAUGAAGACAGCUACUUCGAUAAAAACAUCUUGGUCAUCUUGAUAAAAACAAAAAACAGCGAAAUUAUUCAAAAUGACGAUAUGGCAUUUUUUUAUUCUCUUUUACCUUUAACACGGACAUUCGACAAUCGUCAAAAAGUUAUGUUCCGUACUGCAGUAAUGAAUAAAGCCCUGGAAAUUUGUAACUGCCCUUCGUCUAUCACUCCUCUUGCUUCACCAAUGUAUGCAUCUACCUCUCGCCCUGAAUGA